UGAACAACGGCGCGGUGGGUCACGUGACAGCAUCUGCUGCUGCUGGCUGAGCGAAGCGUGUUAGCAGAUUUUUCUAUUUUGUACAUACAUUGUUUUGUAUAUACUGUAUAUGAUGACUUCAGUGGUCAGCAAUCAAGCCCGGGGAACUCGGGACAGAACGCUGCCCACAACCACACAAAAUACACAGCCACAGAAACAGAUACAGGCCACAGCAGAACAGAUUCGUUUAGCCCAAAUGAUCUACGACAAAAAUGAUGCUGACUUUGAAGACAAGGUCAAACAGCUGAUUGAAGUAACUGGGAAGACUCAAGAUGAGUGCAUGGUAGCCCUCCAUGAUUGCAAUGAAGAUGUAAACAGAGCCAUCAAUUUUCUGCUGGAGAGCAACUCUGACACAAACUCCUGGGAGACUGUGGGGAAGAAGCGGAACCUUGGGAAAGAGGGAGGACCCUCAGAGAUAAAGGAGAGCAGGGAGAAAAAAGGAGGAGAGAGGGAGGCCAGUCGUGGACGUGGGGGCUCGAACAGGAGGGGCAGAGGCAUCAGCCGAGGGCGUGAAGGUCGGUUAGAGGAGAAUGGAUUUGAGGUGGCUCCUGGAGAGAGAGGGGGCGACCGUGGACGCAGGGGACGGGGCAGAGGGGCAGGGGCUCGCGGUAGAGGAAGAGCAGCUGCUGGCAACCGGUUCUCCUCCCAGGGAAUGGGCACCUUCAAUCCAGCUGACUACACGGCAAACUCUGGAGCUCGCCAGGAGACAUGGGAAGGGGACGGCAAUGAGCCUGCUGAGGGAACUGGAACAUGGGGAGGCAAUCUGGAAGACUGGAAUUCAGAGGACUGGAAUGAGGAUUUGUCUGAGACCAAAGUAUUCACUGCCUCUUCUGCUCCAGCAAACCACGUCACACCUGGACACAAUGUGGACCUGGCUAGCCUACUGCCUAAGGCUGGAGUGGCUGUAGGAGGUUCCAUGGACUCUGACUUGGGGGUGAUAGUUGAUGGCCCCUCAGCAGAGGAUUUGGGCCAAAGCCUGGUGUUUACCAAUUCCCACCACAAUGGACGCACUGCAACACACAGCUACGCACACGCCACAGCCAACAGCUAUGCCCAUGCCGCCUCUGCUAGUACCACCUACGCGCAUGCUGCACUGUCUUCAGUCCUGGGUUCUGGUUUUGGCUCUCUGAAUGCACCUAAGCCGACACCUGCCUCUGACAUCAGGACAUCAGAACAGCUCAACGGGCCUCGGCUUGGUCAAAGAGCCAGUCAGACGUUAUCCACUGCCACCAGCAGCAGUAGUGUUUCCAAAGAUGCAGGGCCGCCUCCAAUGCAAAGUCCUGCUCCUGCCUCCUCUCCUUCUGUAGACAUCAAGGCUCAGCGAGUGGAGAAUGGCCCUAUUACUGCCCAACAUUUGGAGAUGAAGCUUCAGCCAGAGCCAUCAGCAGUGCUCAGCCAGUUGGCUCAGAGGCAACAACAGUCUACCAUCCUUUCCACCACAGAGUCUCUGGGCCUGUCACAUGCACCACAGGUCCCAACACCACCAGGUCAUGAGUCCUCCGUCCCUCCUGUAAGAGAUGGAGCUUCUCCAGGGGUGAAGCUGCCAGGCAUGGAGCCUCCAAUCACAGAACCACCUCAGCGGCAGCUAAAGACACAGAGACGCAGAGUACCGCCUCCCUCAAAGAUCCCGUCGUCAGCAGUGGAGAUGCCGGGCUCAGCAGAUAUAUCUGGCCUGAAUGUUCAGUUUGGAGCUCUUGACUUUGGGUCUGAGGCUGGUAGUUCAACAGUAGACAUGGCACAGAUGGAGCUGACCAGGGAACAAGCCCCUGCUCAGGCUCCAGCUCCAGUAGCUCCAGCACCCAUGUCUGCCCCUACUGCUGUUCCCACACAGCAGCCACAGAGCAGCCUGUUCUCUAAGCCAGGAUCUGUGAGUGACCACAUGAGCAGCUUACCCUCAGCUGUGUCAGAUCCCAGCUUCCCCUCACCAUCUUUGGGCUUACCCAGUGCCACGCCCUCUCCCUCCAUGGGUCUUCCCAGUGCAGCCGCUCCACCCUCUUCUGCAGCCCCUACCCCAGCCAACCGUGUGGAGAACAGUGGCCCAAGGUCUCUGCCACCGCAUCUUGGCUUCUCUCAGAGCAAAGAUGUCACAUCCGCUGCUGGUGGACCUCUCACAAAUGGCUACAGUGGGAUGAAGACACAGAGCACACAGGACACAUCGUCAUCAUCUAGGACAGUGAAGACGGAGUCUCCUGUUAUGACGAGUGACAGUGGCCCAGGUCACCACAUCCCUUCCCCUGCAGUCACACCUUCCCACUCAACACCCAUUCCCUCACUCAGCAGUCAUGUGAACAGUACUCACUCGUCUGGAUCGGCCCUCGCCACGAGUUCCUCCCUGACGAUAAGUAAUGAGGACAGCAGCAGUGGCAACCUGCAUGCCUUUUCAUCAUCAUCGUCCAGCCAAGUUGUUAAUCCCAGUCCUUCAGCCCCCCUGGCUGUCAGCAGCUCAACCACCAAUGGUCUUCACCCAUCUGGAGCACCAGGACUAACUCCUAACGGCACAAACACCUCACUCUCAAUUUCAGGCAGCCGCACAGCACCCCUGCUCACCACCACCUCUGGUAAAGCUCCUCCCAACUUGGCCCAAGGAGUGCCGCCUCUCCUGGCAAACCAGUACAUCAUGGGCCCUGGUGGCUUGCUCCCUGCUUACCCGCAGAUCUAUGGAUAUGAGGACUUGCAAAUGCUGCAGUCUCGCCUUCCUAUGGACUAUUAUGGUGUAACAUUCCCUGGUACUACAGCUGCUAUGCCUGGAAGAGAUGGCCUGGCCAAUAAUCCAUAUUCUGGUGAGGCAACAAAGUUUGGUAGGAAUGACUCUUCGUCUCCAGCUCCACCAACCAGCCUGUCUACAGCUGGAGUCCAGUCGCAGCCCCAGCAGGCACCACAGGCAGGGACACAGGGCCAGGGCACAGGACAGAGCCAGGGUCAGCAGACACAGAACCAGGCCUUCCUAAACCCCCCUCUGCCCCCUGGCUACGGUUACACUGGUCUGCCAUACUAUGCUGGUGUGCCUGGGGUUCCUUCAGCCUUCCAGUAUGGCCCCACCGUCUUUGUGCCUCCUGCUUCGGCUAAACAACCUACAAUGGGCCUGGCCAACCCCUCAAAUCAGUAUCACCAACAGCAUCAGCCCAGUUACGGACAGCAUGCAUAUGGCACAGCCUUUGAUGACCUGUCUCAAGCCCACGCUGGGGAGUACAGUAAGGGAGGGUACGGAGGCUCUGCCCAGUCACAGGCCAAGUCAGCGGGCAGCGGCCCAGGGAAAGAUGAUUCUACAGUCAAGAGUGUUCUGGAGAAAGCACCAGGACUGUCAGGAUCAGGUACCAGUGGAGGAGUACCUGACAUGGGAGGUUCAAUCUACAGCAAAACACAGUCAUUUGACAAGCAGGGCUUCCACACAGGGACACCGCCUCCCUUCAGCCUACCUUCAGCACUCGGGGGAACGGGGCCCCUGAACCCUGGGGGUGCCCCUGGCUAUGCCCCUGCUCCCUUCCUGCACAUCCUGCCACCGCACCAACAACCCCACUCCCAGCUGCUGCACCAUCACCUCACACAGGACGGACAGGGUGGUCCUGGACAGCGCAGUCAGUCCAGCAGCAUGCAGCAGAAAACCCAAGGCAGCAAGUCCAGCUACGGCAGCUCUCCCUACUGGGCCAACUGAGGAAUGCUUCCCACUCCCUCCUCCCCCAAAAGGCUGUGUGUGUAUGUGUGCGCGUGUGUGUGCGGGUGCGUGUGUGUGUGAGUGUGUAAAGCUAAAACAAAAAAAGCAAAACCGAAAGACACACUACCCUCACAAUGAGCAACCUUGGGCCUCUUUGCCCUGCUCCCCCCACCUCCACAAGUCCUCAUAAGUCUUUUGGGUUCUCUCUUCCCCCCCUUUUCAAAAUUGGUUGUACAUGUAAGAUAUUUAUGUAUGUAUUUAUAUAUAUAUACUGUAUAUGUAAUAGUAGAACAUGAAAUGUGGUUGCUGCAUUUUAUUUUUGAAGGACUUUUUGUUUACUUUUUUCAAAACUGCAGGAAAAGAUGUUACAUUAAGACAGAAUGAGUUGAUGGUGAGAGAGCGAGUGAAGAAGAUAAUUGAUCAAAAACUUCCUGGAAGAAACCAGAAAAAGGAAAAGGAGAGAGCUAUAGCACUGAUUGCAUAUGAGGACAUUUCAGAUGGGGGUGGGGUUUAUAAUAACUAACUGCAUCUGUCUCCUCUUUUUUUCUUUUUUUUUUUUCUUUUUCUCUUUUUUUUUUAUACAUCCUGAAUGACCGGCUCAUCCCCCAAACUUCAUUUUGUAGCUUUCUGUCUUUCCCCUCCUGCCUCUCACUCUCUGUUCUUCUGGAGGGCUGCCUACUCUCCUUGUGUCAACACCUCCCCUUUAAAGACGGACCUGUCCAUCUAAAUUUUAUAUUUUAAUUUAAUUUUAACCCUCAUUUCCCGUGAAAUAAAAAUUCUGAGCAGUUGGAA